GAUUGAUAAUCUACUCUCGGCUCGUGUCGUGAUUGCCAAUGGGAUAGUUUUAAGUUGUUCCAAAGACGAAAAUUCAGAACUUUUCGAGUACUAGCUUUUGCAUGCCCCAUGCAUUCGAUCUCGAAAUUAUGGAGAAUUAAUCAAAGAAUUCGAUGAUUUUCAUAACAAGCACGGGGAUAGACUUGCACCGUCUCGAAUCAUAACCGAGAUGCGUUCUUGCAAGGUUUCUGGUGCGAUCCCCGCAUCGGCGAAUGUGCUAACGGCGAGAGAAACGACUGUUUCUUUGACUAUGGAAGCGCAGUAUGACAGUUCCCAGGUUUCGCAUACGGUUAUGAGAGACGAAAUUAAGAGGAUGAUUGGGCCAAUCAUGGAAGCAGUUAGAAAGCAAGGAUCUGGAAAGUUCACAAAUGCAAAUUUGGGAAGUGGAACGGAAAGGACUCAGGAUAUGUUUGGACAGAACUACAAGAGGUUGAGGUUAAGAGGAAGUAUGAUCAUGAAUUUAUUUUCAAUAAGUAUUAUCGAAAUCCACCAGCAGAACACAAUUACAGCUUGAAGCUGCAAAUCUCCAGCGUUGAAAUACACA